GAGCCUGGUCUGUGCAGCCAUGCUGAUGUAUGAUUACCCUUCAAAGACAGACAUGGAGUCGUCGUUCUACACUUCUUUGGUGCAAACCCCAGAGCCGUACGGAGUGAUCUUCCCCCACCCCGGCACCUUCUACCCAGUCCCUAUGCAAGCCUUCGCCCAGCCUCACACCCCACAGACACAGCUGGAGCCCGUGGACUUGUCCGUCAGCAAGCGCUCCUCCUCCACCUCCUCCUCCCCGCCGUGCUCCUCCACGUCGUCCCCGACCUCCCCUCCCAGCUCCCCGUCGUCCCCGUACAGCUCGGCGAGCCGCGCCUCCCCCCGCUCCCCACUGCGCUCCUCGCCGUCCCACACCCUCCCGCCGCCGCCGCCCACCGCCUCCCUGCCUUUCCACUCCAACAUGGUGACUCCCCUGGUGGGCUCAGGCUCCGGGGUCAUGGUGUCACCGGUUAUGGUGCCCCUGCCCGUCUUCUACCCGCCUCCUCUUCACCUGCACCAGCCCAUAAUAGUGAGCCAGCAGGUCGCCGGUGACAACGACCAUCAUCCAAGCAGGGAGCGCAAGCCAGUUCUCCCUAUGAAGGCGGUGGAUGGACACAACCUGCACAAGCCCAUCAAGACCGAGGCUCAGCCUGAACUCUGUCAGGACCAGCUGAGCAGACAUGACAGCAAACCAGCAGCCAUCAGGAUACCGCCCGAGUACGAGUGCAACAACCCAUCAGUAAUAGUUCGUAUGAGCUCGAAGCAUCCCCUCCCCGCCGAAUCUCCCGACACUCUGAAAAAGCGAAGGAUUCACCGCUGCGACUUCUCAGGCUGCAACAAAGUGUACACCAAAAGCUCCCACCUCAAAGCACAUCGCAGAACACACACAGGGGAGAAACCCUACAAGUGCAUGUGGGAAGGCUGCACGUGGAAGUUCGCCCGUUCAGACGAGCUCACGAGACACUUCCGCAAGCACACGGGAGUCAAACCGUUCCAGUGUCCCGACUGCGAACGCAGCUUCUCCCGCUCCGAUCACCUGGCUUUGCACAAGAAACGCCACCUCCUGGUGUGAAUCCCUCCACCGGACAGCAUGGAUUUUAUGUAGGGGGUUAAUUGUUGGACUGAACCACUUGGACUUUAAUGGGGUUAAAAUAGCCAUUCUUAACAGGGAGUGGGGAACUUUUCCUCAGGGUGCACGUUUUAACCCUUUCACCUCAUUAGAGCGAAGAGUAAGAGCUGAUGUCAGCUCAUUUUGACCUUUCAAAAGACAUGUGGUUGCAGCAUCAGAACUCUGAUCAGCCGUGGAAGAUCCAAACACCUGUCCUUUCUUCUAACUUUUUUUUAAAGGGGGUGGCUGCAGCAUCUCAGCUGGCUUGAGAGCGGCGCCCUCCUCUGGCUGCAGAGCCAAACAACACCAAGCAAAGCAUGGCUCAAGCCUCACACAUCUCAUCAUCUACACACGCGUGUUAUUUGCUCGCUAGGCCAGUAAAAUGUGAAACCUUCCAGAAUGUAUCAUAUCACACACCCACUGUGCUUCGUGUCAAAUGUGCUUCAGCUUUUUGAAAUACCUUUUUUUUUUUCCAGGUUUUUGCUCAGCUACCUGUGACAUAAUGCUAAUCUUUCUUUUUUUUAAUGCGCCUACACUUUACAGCACCACACACCACAUCUGCCUCUUCAAGCUUACAUGAUGAAGUGAUGACAGGUAGCUCAUGCUUGCUUUCUUCCUACACAUGCAGUAUGGCUCAGACACAACAGAAAAGUGCACUUAAUAAAAGCAGCUCAUAGCCUUGGUCUUGUUUGUGCUUUUGCAUGGGAAAAAAAAGGAAACAAAGUGGGACUCAUUCAUUUUUAGAGUGAAGUGUUUAUCAAAGUUUUCAUUCAGAAAUGUGAAAGUAGCUUCCCAGGGGCAUUAUUUGUAUGAGUGAUAAGAUACCACUCACUUGGUUUAAGGGUAGAAGAAUUAUUAUGUCUUAUGUAUUAUUAACGAAUUUUAUAUAUCUAUUUUGGUUUUUGACAUGACACCGUGGUAGCCUUUUUUAUUUGUGGCACUUUUAUAAAUGAAAAAUGCAAAGUGCAUAGCAGGGAGUUGUUGCUCUUAAGCGAAUGGCAUUUCAGGAGCAAUUGUGCCGUUUACGAGCCCGCCUUGCAGAAGAUGUGCUUCGAAAUUGAAUUUUAUUAAUCCGCAGUGAUUGUAAUCAAAGCCACACAACAGCAGUUACACUGCUUCUAAAUGCCAUUGUGAUUUUAGAGCACAAUUUUUUUUUUUACACAUUUUGGAGAACAAAAUAUUUUAAAUAGCGUCUUUGUACAUCUCCAAUGUGCACUUUAUAUAUAAUAAAUGUAUAGAAAACAGUAUACUGUAUAUUAUUCCCAAAGCCAAAAUAUUUGAAAUCACUUUUUUGAUGGUCUGAUCAAUCAAACGCUUUGAGCAGGUGUCAUGGUUUGUCAUUUUCCAAUGCCUCAUAUAUUCAUAUGUACACAAAUAACUAUACCGAAUGUAGCAGCUCAACUGAUCUGUGUUUUGUUCAUUGAUACUCUUUACAGUUUUUGUCUGUUUUGUUUGUUUUUGCUUGUGUAUAUUUUUAUAUCUAUGCAGAUGCAAGUUGUUAUAUAAUUGAUUUUUCAAUGAAUGGGCAAUUAAAGGUUUUUGAUAUGCAUGAUUUUGAUACUCUAUAUACAUUUCUAUUAUUGUUGCGUCUUUAUUAAACCAUAUCUCUUUUUAAUCUAAGUGGUGGCAAUUCAAAGGGAACAUGUUAAACUGUGAACAUACAACUGUAUAGGUUUAUUUGCAAUUUUACAUUUUUUAAGAAAGAAUUUUAAUAUCACUCAAUAAACUUAUUGGUAACAUUUGCUAAAUGGA